AUGGAUAAGAAAGCGAAAGCCGCUGCGAAGGACGAGUGGAAGGCUAUCACAAGAGAGGGUAAUCUAACUCUGAGAAAAAAUCUGACAAUUGACAUCAAAUGGGAGAACGAGACUCUUGAUCACCAACUUAUUGGGUAUUUGAAUUACAAAGGACGUGCCAUGGAGAUGUCGGAUAUUGUGGAAUUUAACAAUCGCCUUCUUACUGUUGAUGAUAAAACUGGUUUGGUAUAUGAUAUUACAAAACGCAAAGGCAAAGCCAUACCCUGGCUUUUCCUCAAUUCUGGACCAGGGAAUACGACAAGCGGGAUGAAAGUGGAAUGGCUCACAGAGAAGGAUGGUCUCCUUUACGCAGGAGGACACGGUUCUGAGUAUAGAAACACGUCAACUGGUCAAGUCACCAGUAUGGAUCCGAUGUGGAUCAAGACUAUCACCAAGACUGGAGAAGUGAAAAGUUUGAACUGGUUUUGGCCAUUCUCAAAGUUACGUAAUGCAUCUGGCUACCCAGAACCUGGCUAUUUGACGCAUGAAGCUGUGCAAUGGUCUAGCGUCCAUAGAAAAUGGUUCUUCCUUCCAAGAAAGGCUUCAAAGACAGCUUACAAUGAGACGGAGGACGAGACAAAGGGAUGCCAAUUGCUGAUUACGGCUGAUGAAAACUUCGCAAACAUUGUAGUGAAAAAAAUUGACGGAGAACCCCAUCCAAAAAGGGGUUACUCUGCAUUUGAUUUUAUUCCAAACUCAAGGGACACGGUCAUGGUUGCGCUCAAAUCUGAAGAAGUAGGAAACCGUACGGAAAGUUACGUCAGUGUGCUAGCUAUAAAUGGCAGAGUGUUUUUGGAAGACCAAAACCUCGAAGGCGAUCAUAAGUUUGAAGGGAUUUAUUUCAUAUGA